AUGGCAUCCGCACACAAUGGCGCAUCGGGUGCCGCUCCAGCUUCCGCAUUCACCUUGAUCCUACUCCAAGUCUCCGCCCGCGCUUUGACGUUCGUCCUCAAUCAGCUUCUAGUCCGACUAGUAUCACCUAGCAUCUUCGGUCUAGCCAACAUCCAGCUCGAGCUACUGCUGUCGACCAUCCUCUUCCUUUCGCGCGAUGGAUUCCGCACCAUCCUCAUCCGCAACGAGCCGGUUGGCUCCUCCUCCGAGUCGACUGAAGAUGCGGGCAAGCCUACUGGUCCAAGAGGCGGUAUCCCUAACUCGGUUCACAACAUCACGCUGAUGCCUAUCCCGAUUGGGUUCGUGCUGACCGUCGCCGCAUGCACCGCGUAUGUGCGAUACAUUUCUCCAGACGCCAUGCAUGCCGUGCCCACCUUCCACGUCAGCAUUGCGCUCUACGCCUUGGGAGCGCUGAGCGAACUGGCUUACGAACCGCUGCUGAUCCGCGCUGUGCGACUCGGACAUCCAGCCCUGCGGGUCAAGGCGGAGGGCGCAGCAGUGUUCGUCAAGGUCAUCAGCACCAUCGCUGCCAUCCUCGUUCUGCCUCGCUGGUCCACCGCUCCACUGCUUUUGCAGCGUUACCUGGUAGACGAGAGAGCGGUGGCACUCCUCGCAUUCGGAUUGGGACAGGCGAGCUUCGGCCUCACCAUGCUCGCCGUACACUUGUCCUUCUUCGUCAAGCACUAUGGGGUGCAAGAUACCUUCGACCUGUACAUUCCUCGCGCCGAGCAUAUCACGCGCACCGAAAUCACUUCGAAGCAGAAACAGACGAUGACGGUAUGGUUUGAUCGCACCACUCUCUCGCUGUGCGCGACAAUGUCUCAACAAGGCAUCCUCAAACACUGUCUGACCGAGGCGGACAAGUUCGCUGUCGCUCGGUACGCGACGCUCGAAGACCAAGGCGGUUAUGCCCUCGCUUCCAACUACGGCUCGCUUGUUGCGCGGAUCCUCUUCCAGCCAGUGGAGGAAACGAGCCGUAUUGUGUUCAGUUCCGAACUGACAGCACUCGAUCCAGAUGACGCAGUAUCUCAGCUCCCCGCUACGUCGAAGCCCGUCGCGCUCGAAAGAGUUGGUGGAAUGCUCUCGGGCCUAUUCAGGUUGCACCUACUCCUAGCGUGCCUGCUCACAACGUUUGGCAGCCCGCUCAGCACUGCAUUCUUGUACAUCAUGGCAGGCCCACGGUGGGCACUCGAAACCAGCGCACCUGCGAUCCUGGCUGCGUACACGUUCUACUUGCCCAUCAUGGGCAUUAAUGGGGUGGUCGAGGGCUUUGUUCAGUCGGUCGCUAGCCAGCGCCAGGUCAAGCGGUACAGUCGCGUGUUGCUGGCGGCAAGCGGUGUGUUUGUCGGUGCGCUGGCCGGGGUAAAUGCGGGCGUGGGGCGGAGCGAGGCGAUGCGGUCGCUCGUGGGGAAGACGGGGUUGGUGUGGGCGAAUGCGGUGAGUGCGGCAGUGAGGGCUGGGUGGUGUUGGCUGUUUUUGGGCAGCUACUUUCGCCUCGCUGCCGCUUCGGCCGAUCGCAACGGCGUCUUUGAUGUGUCGGCUGUGACCUUGCGUGCAGCGGUGCCCUCUCGACCCACGCUCGCUGCGUUCGCACUCGUGUCGGCCGUUCUCCGUCUCGUGGUGCCAAGCCUGAUGCCUUCCCACGCCGAGCUGCUGCUAGGAUCCACGGGCGGACGACUGCAAGCAUUGCGGCUGCUGCUGCCGACACUAGCCUUAGCUGCUACGUGCCUCGGCGUGGUACUGGGCGCUAUCGUGCUGUUCGAGCGCAACGCGCUGGUCAGAGCACUGCGAUCGUUAGGUCGGCGCGGGGUUCAGAGUGGGAAGGAUGGGGAGACACGCAAGACUCAGUAG